AUGUCAAACUUCGGCGCCGCCGUCGAGCAACUCCUGAAGCAGCCUGCGCCCCAAAACGAAAAGCUGCCGACCAAGGAGGAGCUCGCGAGCGUGAACUCGGAGUUCUCGGGCCAGCGCAACGAGGUGCGCCAGGAGCCGCCGACGCAGCUCGAGGUCGCGCGCCUCGUGGCCGCCAUCAAGCGCGCGAGCGAGUGAAUGGGCGCGCGGUUCAGCAGCAGCAACCGACGCCCCGGCCGCGCGGCACCGGCCCCGGCACCGCCCCGCGGCGACCUCGUGGCGUCCAUGCAGCGCAGCGCGUCGUCCGUCGGCGACGCGUUCACGGAAGCGGUCGCCUCGGCGUCGCGCUCCGUCGGCGCGUUCGGCCUCGAGCGCGAGAUCGCGAGCUACGAAAGCAAAAUUCGCGCGCGCAAGCGCCAAUUCGGCGUCGAGGCCUACGCGCCGCUGCGCGCCGCGGACCGCCAGGCGCUGGCACUGGUAUUUAAUGCCGCGCGGAGCGAUAUUUCGGCGCUGCAAGCCGUCAUCGAUCGGAAGCGCGCGGCGCUCGCCGCGCUGCGCGAUUCGGCGACACCACAGCCUGUACGGGACAACGGCGACGCCGCCGACGCGCUCGCGCGCGCGCUCGACGUGCCCCGCGCCACCGCCGCCGACGCGCUCCGCCGCACGAACGGCGACCGCGACGCCGCCGCGGCCAUGAUCCUCGAACAGCGGCAGCCGGCGCCGCCGGUGGAGGCCGAGGUCCUCUCGUGGGACAACCCCAUCGAGGCGACGCUCGUCGAGGAGCCGCGCCCGCGGCGGUCUUUGUCGAAGCGUAUCUCCGACCGGAUGCGGGGGAGGCUCUAA